CCCGUGGGUGCCCUCCUUCGUGGGCACCAUGCAGCUCUCUCUCGCCCUGUGUCUCGUGUGCCUGCUGCUGCAAGCUGCCUUCCGCGGGGGCGUGGGACAGGGGUGGCAAGCCUUCAAGAAUGAUGCCACGGAAAUCAUCCCCGAGCUGGGCUUGUACCCCGAGCCCCCGCCAGAGCUGGAGAACAACAAGACCAUGAACCGGGCAGAGAACGGGGGGAGGCCACCCCACCACCCCUUCGAGACCAAAGACGCGUCCGAGUACAGCUGCCGAGAGCUGCACUUCACCCGCUACGUGACGGAUGGGCCGUGCCGCAGCGCCAAGCCGGUCACCGAGCUGGUGUGCUCCGGCCAGUGCGGGCCGGCGCGCCUGCUGCCCAACGCUAUCGGCCGAGGCAAGUGGUGGCGGCCGAGCGGGCCCGACUUCCGCUGCAUCCCCGACCGCUACCGCGCGCAGCGGGUGCAGCUGCUGUGUCCCGGCGGCGCCGCGCCCCGCGCGCGCAAGGUGCGCCUGGUGGCCUCGUGCAAGUGCAAGCGCCUCACCCGCUCCCACAACCAGUCGGAGCUCAAGGACUUCGGGGCCGACGCCGUGCGGCCGCACAGGGGCCGCAAGGCGCGGCCGCGCGCGCGGGGUGCCAAGGCCAACCGCGCCGAGCUGGACAACGCCUACUAGGACCGCGCCCGGCUCCCGGCCCGGCCCACGCGCGGUUGCAGCGUCUGUGUUUUUCUUUUCAAAUGCAUGCCACCACCACCCCCCGGGGCGAGGGGUCGAGACCUUCUGAGUUAAGCCCCGCCGAUCCCAAGGGGCUGGCAUAAAACAAACAAAAAAAACCUUAAUAACCCUCUUCCCGCCCACUGAGGGGGUCCCCCAGGGCCGGGGAGAGGGCUGGGAGUCGCAUGGACACGGAGCCACAAAGUCCUACCCCCCUGGGGCAGCCUCCCUUUGUGGGUCCCCGCAUCAGACCCGCAGCAUCAGACGAGGCAGCAAAGGAAGCAUUUCCAGGGAGCGCUGGGGAGUGAGAAGCGUUGGGGACCGGUUAAGAAGGUUCCAGAAAAUUCCAUCCUUCAACAAGCUUGCUGCGACUUAUUGGCGCAGAGAACGCAGAGCCGGGGUGUAUGGAGAGGGUUUCUGGUCCUGGCUCUGCCACCGACUUGCUGGUACUGACUUUGGACUCUGCUCCCGUCUACACCUCAGUUUCCUCUUCGGAAAAACAGAAGUGGGGGUGGGAGUCGGAAUCUACAGGAGGAGGAGAGAGAGGUAGAAUCACUGCCCGGCCAGGGUCACUUCCAAAAUGAGGUUCUGCUCCCCGCUCCCCCACCUAGGACAU